CGAUGUCCCGAGCGGCUCGCAGUCGGCGAGGGCGCAGUCCUACCGCGGCAGUGAAAGGCGACAUGACGCCGCUUAAAGUGAACGGUGUUCGGACCAUGGCUACCAUGCCGUACAAGUCGAUAAUCCUCGUUUGUGCCAUUCUAGCUAACGUAAACUGCCAGAAAGACAAAGACAAGGAGGCCGAGGAGUUCGUCUGCCCGGAAGGUACCCAGGGGAACGGAAACUUCGCGGACCCUGCCACGUGCAGGCGGUUCUAUCAGUGUGUCGAUGGAUACCCUUAUUUGAAUAGGUGUCCCUCAGGACUCUACUUCGACGAUAUCAGCAAGUACUGUACCUUCAAAGCUGAGGCUAGAUGUGGUCCUAUAGCCACAACACCGGCUCCUAUAACAGAAGCCCCGACCGACCUCGCUACAAAAUGCGACCCCGCCGCCUGCCAGCUGCCUUACUGCUUCUGUUCCAAGGACGGCACGCUCAUCCCUGGUGGCCUGGAUCCUGAAGAAACACCUCAAAUGAUUAUGUUGACUUUCGACGGCGCCGUUAACUUGAACAACUUCGAGCUUUACAAAAAAGUUUUCAACGGUAAAAUCAAGAAUCCUAAUGGCUGUCCUAUAAGAGGGACGUUCUUCCUAUCGCAUGAGUACAGUAAUUACGCCAUGGUGCAGUCUCUCGCGCAUGAUGGCCACGAGAUAGCCACUGGGACUGUAUCACAACAACAAGGCCUGCAGGAUAAGGGUUAUGAAGAGUGGGCGGGAGAGAUGAUCGGCAUGAGGGAAAUCCUGAAACGGUUCGCGAACGUUUCCCGGAGUGACGUCGUCGGCGCCCGCGCACCAUUUCUCAAACCUGGUAGAAACACGCAGUUUAAGGUGCUAGAAGACUUCGGGUACAUUUACGACAGUUCAGUGGGCGUGCCCCCCCUCCCGAUCCCGGUGUGGCCGUACACGCUCGAUUACAAGAUCGCGCACGAGUGCAAGUCGGGCACAUGUCCCACUAAAUCGUUCCCUGGUCUAUGGGAGGUACCUUUCAAUGCUCACUACGUGGAAACCUUCGAAGGAGGUCACUGUCCCUACUUGGAUCAGUGUGUGCUCCAUAACCACGAUUCCCAAGAGGUGUUAGAGUGGCUUCAAGAAGAUUUCAGCAGAUACUAUGAGCAAAACCGGGCGCCAUACAUGAUGCCGCUUCACACCAACUGGUUCCAAAUAAAGGAGCUCGAACGUGGCCUCCACAAGUUCCUUCGGUGGGCGGCUAAUCUGAAAGACGUAUGGUUCGUAACAGUAACUCAAGCCUUAACAUGGAUGACGGACCCUCGACCGGUGAAGGCUCUAACCAACUACGAGCCCUGGAGGUGUGACAACAAGGACCUGCCCGCGGCACCCUGCAACCUCCCCAACAAAUGUGCUUUGUCCUUUAAGCACCCAGACACAAACUUCACUGACACCAGAUAUAUGGAGACUUGUAGCGAAUGCCCCAAUCAGUACCCUUGGCUUGGAGACUCAGGUGGUACGGGUAUACCAGGGAAGGACAAUUAUAUACCCGACAACCUCAAGAGGAAAUAGUAAUAAGUUAGUUAUAGUUUCUUAUUUUUAAACAAAUUUGUAUUACUGUGACAUUUUGAGAGUAAAAUUGAAUAACACAUAGUUAAAUAAAUUGAAUAAAUAAAUAUACUACUUGUCAAUCAAAUAACUAGAACAGAUCACGCUGUAUACAUUUCGGUAAAUGAAACAUCACUAGAAUUAUGAAAUUAAUUAAUUUCAUUUUAUUAAUAUAUUCUGAUGUCGAAAUCAUAAUAAUGAACGUUUCCCUUUAACGAAAUAGUGGUAUCAUCAUAAUAAGUACAUCAAUACUUCUAUCUUCUAUCUGUUACAUAAUAACCUGAGUGCCCUCUAGAAGUCUAUAUACUUAUAUGCUCAUACUUAGAUGUAGAAAAUACGAACGCGAACAUAGUCCGAGUAUUUAAAUACGAUGAAAUCAGUCGGUAAUUAAAAAUGUACGGAACGUGAUCGAGUAUCAGGCUCUGAAUAUCAGAAGCAAUAAAUUUAAGUGAUUUCAUAAAUGCAAUGACGAUUUUAAAACCAAUAAUGUUACAGAAUUUAUAAAUUAAUUUUACAAAUAUUCAUUGAAUAAAAUUUUACGUCGAUAAUUGUGGCCAAUUAAAGCCUUACUUUGUGAAUUUACAGUUGACGUAUUAAGUAUGAUUAAAGGAUGAGCAGUAUGUUUUAUGUUAUUUAUUAUUAUUCAUGUCAUUAAAAUCGACGAAAUUUUAUAAAAUAGUUUUUCUUGAGACACGGCGCUCGUUUUUUAGGUUUAAUUUCUAAUUUUCAAUGUUGAAUUAUCAUUCAACAUCAAACCACUAAUUACUUCCACGUUGCAAUACAUAUCUUAUAUUUUUAAGGUUUUAACGCGCCCGCUACUACUUCUUCUAUCGAUUACAUUAUCUUUAGUGAUAAAAACAUGUCACCAUUCUUUAUCCAGGCAGUUUUUUAAACUUUAUUUACUCGAUUUUACGAUUAGCAAUUGAAGGUUUAACUAUAUAAUUAUCGAAUUAAUGCAUAAUAUGGGGAAGGUUUAACAGUGUACUUCUAACUAAAUCGAGUAUCUUUCAGUGGCCAUAAAAAAAUUUGUUUGCACGCUCUCAAUUUGAUUACAGUAAUUGUUCUGUAUUCGUGCUUUUGUACAUACUUAAUUCUCAGUUGUGUAAUUACGUGUGUUAUGUAAUAAGUGACUAGUCGUCGCAAUAUAUUACUAAUUAGAUUUUUAAUUGCCAAUUUGGUGAAUACAGGUAUAAUAAAGA